AUGUCGUCUACUAAUACUAUUAAAUCUUGUGCUAUUACUAUUUGUAAAGGAAAAUCGACUAUUUGGAGAAAAGUAACUGAAAAUGUUUUUUCCAAAGGUCAAGCUAAUAAUACAUUGCCAAGCUAUAUUCAUGUGGAUGAUGUGAUUUGUAUGAACUGUUAUAAUGGGAUUGUAAUUAACAGUUCAAUUGAAUUCCAACGGCAUGCUCAAGAACAAUAUAGGUUUGAGGAAAUUAGUGAAGCUAAUAAAGCUGAUAAUACUAAUGAUUUUCUUUCUUUUUCUCAAGCUGUAAAAGUCUUAACAGAUAUUUUGUAUACCCACGAAAAUCGAGAAAAAAAACCAACGAUAUAUUCUUUUGAUGAAUUCCGGGAGAUUAUGGAAGGUGAGGAUAUAAGAUUAAAAUCUUUCUUUGAUGAAUUGUAUUUUUCAUCUAGCCCGUCCACAAAAAAUAAGAAUUCACAGAUAAGGGUGAAAAAACAGCUUUUAUUUAUAUGUUUCUUUCUUUGUGGAAUUCGGAACAAGUUUGUAAAUAAUGCAAAAAGGGAUUUAACUAUGUAUUUAGAUUCUACAGGUGUUUCUAACACUACUUUAGAUACACUUUCUGAUUUAGGUAUAACCGUUACAUCUCGUUCAAUCACACGAUAUAAGACCGAUGCAUCUAAAGAACAUUAUGGGCUUGUUGAUACUACACUUACUCAAUAUAUAGAAAAUGCAAUGGUAUUAAAUAUCGAUGACUAUCAUAAUAUUCAUACGGAACGGGUACCAAACACUACUACGACCUCUGAUGUUGCACAUCUUGCAACAAUUUUGAUGAAUCCAAUUACUACACAAAGAGCUAUCCCACAACUAAAUAUACACAAUUCCAAAUUGGUUGAUGCCGAAUCUAUUAAAAUAAAUUUAGAAAAUAGAUUUAUGGAGUUAUAUGGUCUUUCACAUAAUCAACGCUGGGGAUUUCGUGCAAUUGAUGACAAUACAAGAUUAGAAGAACUAACUGUGCAUAGUUAUGAUAUCCGGUUACAAGAAAAACGUCGUACCCGUUCCAUGAAAGAUGUCAUUCUUAUUGAUCUCCAGAAAAAUACGCUUCAUUCUUUGGAUGAAUAUGUUCAAGCCAUUAAUGCUAUCACAAACAUUCCAUCCAUGCAGCAGUAUAUCGAAAAAGGAAAUAUGAUUCCUAUCGUAGCAGAUUGGCCUGGACAAAUUUAUAUCAGAACGGCAAUUUCACGUUAUUUGCUUAAUCAUAAUUUAUCGAAUAUUACUAAUUCUAUUUUAUCUUUUCUUCCUAUUAUAGGUCCUCUUCACAUUUCAUUAAAUAGUCGAGAAUUAAUAUUUCUUAAAUAUCAGCCUUUCUUCUCGUUUAUGUAUAGGUAUAUUUUUGGAGAACGAAAAAUUCUUGUAGAAAAACCUAAGCCAUGGCGCAUCAAUCUAAUCUUGGAGAUCUCUCGCAGUGCAUGGCAGGAAAUUUUAAAAAUCGUUGAAGAAAAAUUUGGAUUCUGUAAAGACGCUGAAUAUUUCACACUUAAGGAUCUUCUCGAUAAUAUGAUUCCUCUUGUUUUGGAUAUUUAUGCCGUAUUUUUUAGAUCUGGAGAUUUUAACACUUAUUUUGAAUCUUGCUUUCGUGUUUGGACAAUAUUUCUUAGGUUCAAUCGCAAAAACUACACGAAAGCCCCACUAAUGUUUUUCUCCGACAUUUUCUAUUGGGAAUCAAUUAAUCAUCCGAUCCUAGAAUCCAUUAAAGCCGAACUUCCCAAAUUCUCCGAUUCAACCGUUGAAAUAUUUCAUAGUUUCUUGCGCAGGAGUACACAAGAACAUGACGAUGCAGAGCAGAUUAUUAAAUAUGGUCAUUAUCUCAAUAAACUGCGUCUUGAUUGCAAUGGAUUUAGAGAAAAUUUUGUCCACACAUCUACAUGGGCAUCAUAUGAGUAUUCUGCAUGA